AUGUAAGAAAUGAUGUGCCUAUAUUGCAAAGUAGAUGCUAAUGGUGAUAAAAUCAUAAUUUCUUCAGGUAAUGAUGUACAACUUUAUUCUUUAGACAUGCAAAUGAUAUUUAUGAGUGCUAUACAAUAUGUAUUAGAUUCUAACUUUCAGAGCAGGCUAUUUUAAAAUCUUUAGCUCAAAUAUGAAGUUGAUUUACUAAAUAAAUAAACUGCCAAUACAAAGAGUUAGAUCAAUGAGUCGAGUUAUGUAUGA